AUGGACGAGGCAAUGAACGUGACGCUGGAGCUGCCGCCGGUACCGCAGUCGCCAUGGGACUUUAUCAACGUCUUGGCUCCUGUGAUCAAGUACUACGUGGCGCUUCUGUUGCUGUUCAUGGGAGCGCGUUGGUUCAACCGGCAGCUGGGCAACGACGUGGAAGCGCCAGAGCGUCAGCCACUUCGACCCGUUUUAACCCCGGAACUGACAGUCGAGAGCUCUGAAGAGGAAGAAGAAGAAGAAGAAGAAGAGGAAAAGGAGGAGGAAGAAGAAAUCAAAGAGCUGGUGACGAGUGGGAAUCGUCUCGUGCCAAUGGACAGCCAGAAGCCGAAGCAGCAGCAGCAGCGGAAGCAGAAGAACGCGGCCAAGGCGCUUUUUGACGGGCUACGCAAGGUGGAGCAGGAGCUGAAGGAAAAGAAGGCUCAGGACGAACAAGCACAAGACGAAGUGAGCUGGAACGAGCUGCACAUGACGAUGCUGCGACGCUACCAGGACAAGUACCCUGAUCACGGGCCUCGGGUGGCCAACGAAACGACCGACAAGUACGACGAUGAGUUCCACGCGUUGCUGCGUGAGAACAAUAUUGAUCUAAAGGGACUCAAGAAGGAGAGCGUGCAAGGAAGCGAGCAGACGGAGAACUGA